GUUUUGAUCAGGCUAUUGGUGUGAGAAGUGUGUGACAAAGCAAGGCAAGUUCUGUGGCUGAAGUGGUCUUUUGAUACCAGCGUAUGAUUCUUAAAUUACGCCCAUCUGUUGAAGUUCAUGGUAGUAGUCCAACUGAUACUCGAUUGGAAGUAAACUUUUCUUGAUGACAACAUACUAGACAAGACGCAGUGACGAUGAUGCGACGGAGUAGAAGAAGUCACUCCAUCUAUCACAUAGUGGAGAAAGAUGACUCGGGUGAUGAGGACAUUGAUUACCAAGAAAGCAGCGAAAAGGUUGCUGCUAUGGACGGCAAGUUCUUUGAACAGUUCAUCGCCUUGAGGUUUGCUGAUGGAGAAGCUGGCCAAGAUACAUUCAAACCAAUUCAGGAUGAAUCAGCAAACAACAAUUCCACCAUUGAUUUCACACAGUGUCGGGGGAUCUACAAAGAUAUUCCACGUCCAACGAGCCGAGAGGCUGAGUUCUUCUAUAGAUCAGCUCUAGUCACAAUCAACCAGAGACUAGGUGUGACCUAUGAGGUAAAAGAACUACCAAAUACACAACUAUUCCAGUAUACGCAAGAGACCUUGAAUAUGAAUCCCCAAGAACAUGAAGCUCUGUUACAGAAAGUGUCACAUGGCCUUCCUCCCCCACUUAUCAUGGUUGUGGAUGUCAUAUCAGCAAAAGAUCUGCUAGCAAAAGAUGCUAACGGUCUGAGUGAUCCAUUCUGUGUUCUCGGCAUCGUACCCCUGUGGAGUGAGAACAUGGCGGAGUCUCCAAAGCGGAAGAUCUCGCAAGCCAGGCAUGAUCUCCUGCUUGAUCACGCUAGCAAGGACUCCCUCUGUGUCACGGAAGUGAAAGAGAAGAACCUGAAUCCAUGCUGGAGGGAACAGUUCAGAUUUGAUGUAGGUGAUGUCAACAAUGAACAGCUCCAAGUUGAAGUUUGGGACCACGAUGAGGAUUCAUCUGUUGGGAAGAUCAUUAAGGGUGUGGGAGAUGUUCACAAUUUGAAGGGCAUGGGAAGAUUCUUCAAGGAAAUCGCCCAAUCAGCAAAGAAAGAUGGCAAGAAUCUUGAUGAUUUCCUUGGCUGGGUUACUAUACCACUCAAUACUAUAUCAAGCAAUGGUUUAGAAUGCUCCUUUCCUCUCCAAAGCCGGGGCAAGAGUAAGGUUGAAGGGGAACUCAAACUGAAAUUACAGCUAGCACUUAAGAAAGAUGCGCCCAAGGCAAGCACAGAAGCCAUGGGUGCAGCCCACCAGUACCUAUGGUAUGAAUUCACCCAUCACGAGGUCUGUGACAAUGCCAUGACUCAAUACAGAUGGAAUGGUCAGCUUCCCCAAGCACCCAAGGCCAUCUUACAUCAACUGGCUCAACAGCAGCAGCUUCCUGAAAUAUACCAACUCGCCAGUCAGUGGAUAGCAUACAGUCAGCAGUGUGUCUUGCCCCAUCUAGAUCUCAAUGUAAUGCUAUCAAUCAUCACAGGAAUAGCUAACCUAUGGGACCAGGGUCCUCCAGAUGAGCAGAUGGUGAAAUAUAUUUGCAAGUCCUGUAGAGAGUUUGUCGAUCAUUCUAUGAGGAUGUUACAGAAGCAACAUGAAGCAUUCCCAUUCAGAGACACCGAGGCUGUCCUACAACUUCAUCUACUUCUCAGAUGCAUGGUAGUGAUCAAAGAGUUGAGUGAGAAGCGUUCAUGGGAUAUAUUUGAAGGAGAUGUUAAAGAUCUCAUCACAGAUGCCAUCAAGAAAAGCACCAAAGAUUGGUUUGUGAAGCAGAGCCUGCUGUGUGAGGAGGUCCAUGAGGCCAAGAAAAACGUUCUCUUCCAAGACGAUGACGAUGUCGACGCUGAUGAGGAAGAAGAGACAGAAGAAUCUAAGAAAGUUGCCAUCCUGGUCAAUCUCAUUGAGAACAUGAUCAACCAUGUGAAAGUCCAGAUCAGGCCACCAGCUCUGAUCUAUAAGAAAGCCUUUGACAUUGAUUUCACCAGGCUGAUACACAUGGAAUUAGCUGAAAAGAUCAUAUCUGAGAUCAAGGAACUUGUAUCCAGUGUUGGAAAGCUUUCCUAUCAUGGCAGCCAUCAGACACCCAUUGCUCUCUUCUCCUUAUACCUGGCAGUCAGGGGAUUCCAUGCAGCGGCUGAUAAAUCAUAUCGAUCAGACUUGGAGACCAAGAACUAUUACAUGGUAUUCAAGAAGUCUGUUGAACAGUGGUUUGAACUUGCAAGGAUCAAGGCCAGAGCACGCAUACAGAAGGCUGUAGAAGUCGAUGAGGUGAGGCUUGUUGAUUCCAUGGUGAAGCACAGUUCAUCGGCUGUAGAUGUCAAUACAACCUUUGUUCAGAUCAAGGAAUUUUGGACCAAGCUGAGUUGGCCAGAUAAGUCUGGGGCGUAUGUAUUUAUUGCCAAGGUCACAGAUGAUAUUCGUCAGGGAGCGGUGGAUUAUGCAAAUAUCAUCCAUAAAAAACUGGAAGAGAAUAAAUUCUAUGACGAUGAGGGUCAGUUUGACGUCACAGACCAGCUUUGCAUCGCAGUCAACAACAUCGAGCAAGUGCGUCGCUACCUCUCCAGCCUCCCCGUCCAGCUGGACUUCGAGCGGGUGCUGGAUGGGCUCCUCAUCGAGCAUGGGUCGGUGGGAUCGGAGCAGUGUGGACUGACCCUCCACACCAUGCUGGCCAGUGCGGACGAGGACAUGUUGAAUGUGAUUGGUAAGGUGAUCAGACACGUCGGUGAGAAGAUGGAACCAGACUUCAGGAAGUACACGGCACCGCUCAUGUCUGCUGCACCAGACACCAACCUUGAUGAUGUGAUAACACCUUUGAUGGAAUAUCUUGAUAGCAAUCUUAUCACAUUACAUAGUUGUCUGCUGAAGGCUAACUUCCAAAGAAUUCUAGAAGAGCUGUGGCUUGUUGUGUUAAACAUCCUGAAAGAAAUGAUCAACAAUGGAUACAAGACGCUGAAUCAACAUCCCCUGAUUGGUCAGAGAAUGCAUGAUGCUUAUGAUGUCAUUGGAAACUUCUUCCAUGCAGAAGGGAAAGGGUUGCCCAUGAAAGUGAUUGAGUGUCCCAUAUACAAGGAAGCCAUGGGUAAACUCAGCAAGUUUGGUACUUCCACCAAGAGACUGAUAGAAGACUAUCUCAUGGCUCGGGUCAUGCAACAGGAAGAGGCCAACAAGUCAGAUUCACCCUUAGGAAUUUUAACAGUCAAGUGCAAUUACAAACAAAGUCAGCAGAAACUCAGGGUCCGGGUGAUGAAUGCUACUCAAAUCAGUCCUAUGGAUGACAAUGGUCUGAGUGAUCCAUAUGUGAUAGUGUACCUACAGCCUCAUCAUGUCUUUCCUCAAAGUCACUUUCAGAAGACGCAGGUCAUCAAGAAGACGCUGCAUCCACUCUUUGACGAGACCUUUGAAUUCAAUGUUCCACACAGUCAGGUAUUAUCCUAUGGUGCUACCGUCCACUUUGUCCUUAUGGACUAUGACUUCUUGAGGAAUGAUUUUGGCGGUGAGGCCUACGUGCAGAUCAAUGAUGUCCCAGGUGUCCAUGGCAAGAAGAGCAAGAACCUUGGUGAAGAAGCAGCCAUCUCUCUCCAUCUUUUGCCAGCUGUAACCAAAGAUGAUGAAGCAUGGAUGUAUGUCCAGACUCUCAAAGAAAGGUCCUCGGACAAAGAAGCUGCAGAAUUUCUCAAGCUUCAUAAACUAAAAUGAGGGAAAUGAGAAUCGCUGUAUGAGCUAGAAGUUCUGAUAUGGUUUAUUUUUAGAACUGUAAAGAGCCAAUGGCUUAAGAGAUUUAUGACUUACUUGUCAAAUUUGUUUUGCGUGAAGGCAAAGCUGACAUCAUGAUCAUAUAUGCAGAAUAUAGUAGUGGGGAAUCAUGAAGAUAUCUAUGUACAGAAUUAUUGGCUUGCACAGUACAUGAUUCUUGAGCAGCAGCUAGGAGGAGCUAGCAAUUCUACAACUCAUGUGAAUAUGACUGCCUGUUCUUACAGACUGGUGAGUGCCUUCAUUGCCAUUCCCAAUGGAAAAAAAAGCUUUCAGCUCUGCAUCUCGGUCCAUGUUAUUCACACGGAACAAAUUUUUUAGGUAUCCUUUACUUGGUGAAUGUUGAGGCCAAUUUUUUUAGUUGAUUGUGAAUAGUUAAAACAAAUAUUUUCAAUCAUACACAGGCUUUAUUAUUUUGUUUUAUGUACCUGACUGGAUUUGAAAGAGCAGUGACUUCUUACUUACACUGCCCCCCCCCCCUCUCUUCUCUACAAUGGAACAGGGUUUUGGUCUAGAAGCAAUAAGGAGGGAUGCAGGGUCUCUAUUCCCAGGACAGGGUCACUUGGCUGUAGUUUCCUGUAGCAUAUGCUUCCUUAAUUUGGUGGGGUGUUUUAUUUCAAUCAUAUUACAAUCAUAACCACACAAUACAAGUUGAGGAAAUAUCUAAAUAAAGCUUAAUGGAACACUGUAGUUUGCAAGAAGGUCAAAUUGAAAAAGCAUACUUUAAACCUUGAAGAACAUGUGAAGAACACCGGGAUUUGUUUUAGCAAACAGAAAGCAUGAGUUAUUUUUCUGAGAAUCGCGAUUUUUUUUCUCAUCUUUUAUGGUAAUCAUCAAGACAGAUUUUGAAGGUGUACUUUUUUGAUUGGUUGAAGUGUGCAAGAUUGUGCCCAUGGACCCGCUCACAAAUCAAAAGUACAUGAUAUAAGCAAGUGGUAAACCUACUUUCUGAUUACUAUGACAAUUAAAGUAAGAUUAAAAGAAAGUAAAAUCAUUAUCAGAGCCCCAACAGAUCUGGUGAUUUACCUCGAACACAAUCUGACAUCCAACCUUGCAUUUAUGUACAGUUUAUAAAAUGCGUAUUUUGUAAGCGGUUAAGCUUAACUUGUGAAUGGAACCUUGAGGUCAGGAAUUAGUAUGUCUACAAUUUAUUGUGGGAUUGUAUCUAAUUGUAUGCCAGAAAUGCAUUCAUAUUGGUAUGAUUUUUCUCAGAAAAUAAAUCAUUGUACAUGUUUGUCGUGAUCCUGAUGUCUUUCAAAUUGAUAUGCACAGAAUGUAUAACAAAGGAUUUUUACCCAUUUGUACUUUUGACCUUACACUCUACUUCAUUUUGGGGUAAAGAGAGAAAUAUAAGUAUUUUUAUUUCAAUCUACAUAUGCUUGCAAGUACAGUGGAACUUUUGUCCAAAUCAAAUAUAUGCUGGGACUGUUGACAUAGCUGUAAGUUAUACAAACUUCAAAUGCAAAAUUUGAAUUACAUUACCAACAAAUCAAUAGCUGUAUUUAUGAGAGGAAUAUAUACUUGGAUAACGUGUCAACUUGUGUGGUGCUAAAUCAGGCAAUGACUGUAGAUGUAUAUGAUGGUACCCUAGGUAUAUGAUUAAGUAUCAAGAUGGUAUCCUGGUCUAAGUCUUGACUAAAUGAUAACUAUAGUCCACUUUUCUGAGGUAUGCUAUAUUUCUUCUUUCCUACCCAACAUUAAUGGCAAUGAUAUAGGUCAUUUCAUUGAAACUCAGUUAAUGCUGGUUUUAUUGUUUUCAUCCCAUUCCAAAAUAGAAUUGUUUCAGGAUAUAAAUAAUCUGAUUUGGGGAUCUCAGAGUGAAGAUAUACAAGACACAUUCUUGAAUGUAUUGGUUACUCUGUUGUCAUGGUAAUGUCAUAUUAUGUAUGCCAUAUUUCUCACAUCAGGCUGUAAAAAAAUGAUAGGAAGAAGGUAUUGAUUACAAUUACAUUCAGUGAUAUUUUUAGUUUUCUGUUCCAUCAUCUUGUUUUUUUUUCUUUCUCAAGUUAAACAUAUAAUGGAUAAAAAUGAAAAGUUUUCAUGAUUGGACAGUAUACAAAUAGCGAAUAGGCAUGAGUGCGAUGGUGCAAGAUUUCACAUGAGGUGAAAGAAAGAUGCUCUAUUCAACAAGGCGUUGAGUUGAAUAGAGCAUCUCUUUCUUUCACCGAAUGCAAAACAGUAUUAUUUUCACCAUUGCACGAAUAAGAAUAUUCGCUAUUUGUGUUGUACAACGCCUUGGAAUUUAGUGAAAAUAUGAAAAAAACAAGAGUUUUUCCCUGCAGUAAUCUAUGAAAAGGGAGCAAAAAUCAAAAGCGAAAAGCAAAAUCCCACAAGCGCACAUGACCUUGGGCAGCAUUGCGCAUUUAGCCAGCAGGCUUAUACGCGCAUUGAAUUUUCAUACUGAGCGCAAUGAAUUAAAUCGUAUUGUGACGUCGCCUCCUAAAGCCGUGCAACGGUACAUUUUGUAUGGUACGUCUUGUGUGCAACGGUACGAAUGUUUGACAUUCAGCCUCACAUUUGCUCGCGUACAACAAGCUAAGUAGGCGUUGUACAAUAAAGUACACUUUUUUAACCCACCGCCACUUAUCAUUAAUAUUUGCACAAGUGCAUGUAUAAUUAAUACAAGGUAUUUUUGACUAGUCGAUGCUGAACAAGAUUUAGUCAACAAACUUUUAUUCAGAUACUUCCGAUAUUCCUAAUAACACAUUCCUCAUCAAAAACUUAACCUUUUAAUAUAUAUAAAGUAUAUCAGGGUCUUAGUUUUAUCACAAUAAAUGGUAAUAAUAAAUGAGAUCUUUAAAGGUGGUCGAGACAUACACUGUACUUAUCUAAGUGCUUAUAAAUCAUUAUUAUGCAAAGCACAAACCAAAAAGAUAAUUUUUAUAUAUUUGUUACUUGUUCAUCUUGACUGUCAGUGACUUAAGCUUGCUAUUGCCAACAUGUAUCUGUUAUUAAUGUUUUGUCUUGUGUGAAUGAAUGUCUUUUGGCUAAUGAGGAAUCAAUGAACGUUAUUCCAUAUAGUAUUUCAAUAUUGUUCUAUUAAGAAAAACACAAAAAAGGGUUACUUUACAAUAUUCUGCAGGUCUUUUGUUGUAUCAAUAUUUACCGUGUUUACACCCUGCAUUGGCUCGCAGUUCAGAAUCGCAAGCCGAUGCAUAAUCGGCUUUUUCAUUGUGUGUAAACGCGAUUAACGUGCAUCGGCUCUCGGUUCAGAAUCGGCAAUUUUGCACCACCAAAGUAGUAGGUUAAGAACCGCGAGCCGAUGCAGAAUAAUUUUUUUUUCUACGUGUAAACAGAAAGCCGAUUCUGCAUCAGCAAUUGAUGCGCAUAUUCAUUUACUUUACCAUUAUGACGUACGUAUAAGCGCACGGAUCCAGCGUUGUCUUUAUUAUGACAUAUAUUGUUGGUGCGGGAAUUAUUUCAGGUUUUUGACACGAUGCAGCGUGUAAACGCGGUGCAAGAUAAACCCAAAAGCUGAUUCUGCAUCGGCUUUUGGUUCUGAACCAAAAGCCGAUCACAUGUAAACACGGUAAUUGUGUUCUAAGUGGAUUCCACUACAUAUAUAUGUAUGUUAUUUGUACAAUGUAGAAUAAUUUUGUGGUUGGUUUGGUCCCAGGGCCAUAUGGGAAAAAUGUGAGAGGGGUGGAUGAAUUCGAAAUCUGAAGGAAAAUGCAAUGAUGUCUAUGAAUAGUAUUUAGGGAAAAAAAUCUUUCAUGAUUUUUUUUUAAAAGCAAAUUUCUAUUUCUACAUACAGGCAUUACUAUAUGUGUAGUUUUAUAUUAUUCUACAUGAUUGUAUACAUUGCACUACAUAAAUGAAUUUUCAGUGAUUUAUGAUGUUCACCUAAGUGAUGUUUCACAGCAUUUGUGUAAUGCUGUAUAUAUGUUAAAACAUUUUUUUAAGGAGCUUAAUGCAUUGAUCUGAAAUCAUUCCAGAGUUCUAUUCUGUGCCUAUACAGGUCUUUCAUCUCAAUCAAAAUGCCUUACAACAAAAAUAAUUCCUUGUUUUUGAAAGAUGCUAUAUUUUGUGAUUAUGUACCUAUCAAUUUCGUUUUUUUAGGAAAGAUCUUAUUCCUCUCUUCAUCAUUCUUAAUGAGAUCCAAUCUAUCUUUAUAUUUCAUAAUUAUCAAGAAAAUUUGUAUACGAUUAUACAGCAUUGAGGAAAUAAUGAAAUAAAAAUAUCUUUCAUUUUGAUAUAUGCCAUUUAAUAUAUUUGACUUGUGAAGUGCAGGAAAUAGUAAAUAUUGUUUUUUUUUUUUAUGGAUGACCGGAUUAAGGGUAUUAAUAGUCAAGGGUAUUUAUUGGUUUAUGAUUUUUUUUAAGACUGGUUGAAAUAUAUUUAUAAUUCAGUUAUGAUAAAGACUAUACAAAAAUAUCUACCUUUCCCUCCAUAAAAUUUGUUAAUUUCUUAUUCAUUAUAUACUUGUACAUGAGGUAUGUAAAUAUUUUAUUUUAUUUAUUAGAUGAUAGACUUUACUGUAGUCAAUUUUGAUAGAUGCAUAUAUGAGAUAUGUUUGUUUAUAUGUCCAUAGAAUCAUUAUUUUCUAGAUAUCUGUGAAAUCAUAUUAUAUCAGUGUAACUGUAAAAUGAAUACUAUAUUGUCAAUGUUAUUGUUGAAUAAGAAGGUUUGCCAGAUGACUUGUAUGAUUAAAAAUCAAAUUUGCAACUAUCUUGAAAUGCAAAUAAAUCCUGAUGGCUUCUAAA